AUGGAACCCGGUGAGCUUGCGGCGUAUUACAGGAGAUCGAAAGCUCCGGCAGAUACUGAAUCCGCCGCACCACAGACUCAGACUACCGAAUGGUAG